CGGGAGAAAGAUGGCGUGUGAGGACUCUCGUUUACAUCUGGAGGUGCGACCACACCAUGAGCAGCGGAGAAUCUGCGCCUCGAGGGCCAAGUACCGGGAAGGACGGAGACUGAGAGCAGUCCGGGUCUUCACAAUCAACCUCGAGUCUCGGUAUCUGCUGGUGCAGGGCGUUCCUGCCAUUGGGGUCAUGCAGGAGCUGGUGGCACAGUUUGCCCUGUUUGGUGCCAUAGAAGAAUAUAACGUUCUGGAUGAAUACCCUGCAGAGGAGUUCACUGAGGUGUAUCUUCUUAAAUUCCAGAGGUUACAGAGUGCAAGAGUUGCCAAGCGGAAACUAGAUGAACGCAGUUUUUUUGGUGGGAUCCUCCAUAUUUGCUAUGCGCCCGAGUUUGAGGGCGUUCAGGAGACCCGAGAAAAGCUGCAGGACAGGAGGCGGUAUGUGGCGCGGGCCACGUCUGACAAAGAUGAUCAAUUUUCCAACAAGAGACAGAAAGCGCCUGAAAGUUCCACUUUAAUUCCUGUACACUCUGCUGUAAACUGUGCUCAUACCUCCUCCUAUCAAACACCUGGACAGUCCGAUGACUGCCCUGCUCCCUUCUAUGCUCCUCCACCCUCAGUGACCCAGGACUACAGGCAUGAGUUUUACCCUCCACCCUCAAUAAACCAGGACUAUAGACAUGCAUACAAUCCUCCACCCUCGGUGUCCCAGGAUUACAGGCCCGAGUACAAUCCUCCACCCUCAAUGAGCCAGGACUACAGGCAUGAGUAUUACCCUCCACCCUCAGCGACCCAGGACAAUAGACAUGCGUACAAUCCUCCACCCUCAGUGACCCCGGACUACAGGCAUGAGUAUUACCCUCCACCCUCAAUAAACCAGGACUAUAGACAUGCAUACAAUCGUCCACCCUCGGUGUCCCAGGACUACAGGCCAGAGUACAAUCCUCCACCAUCAGCGACCCAGGACUAUAGACAUGCGUACAAUCCUCCACCCUCAAUGAGCCAGGACUACAGGCAUGAGAACAAUCCUCCACCCUCAGUGAGCCAGGACUACAAACAGGAGUACAAUCCUCCGUCACAUUCCUUAUCCUGGGAUUCCAGAAAUAAACCCAAUGAAAGUGCUCCUCAUACAGAAAGGCCGAUUGGUCUGGCACAAGGACAACCCAACAUUGUAAGUUCUACCAGGUUCAUGCCAAGGACGACCCAGCUUCAGGAGAGACAGAGGAGAAGGGAGGAGAGUACCAGGCUGGCUGUAUUGCCUCCAGAAUCUCAGGAGAUUGUCGUUGGACCAAAACUGCCAGAAAUUCCAAAAUUGGACAUGACUGAUAACUCCCUCAACAUCUCUGCCGGCCUAAUUAGAUCAAAGCUGCAAGAGGUUUCUGCAUCCUGUACCCUGACCAGAACAGACCCACCAGCUGCUCCGCCCAUCAAACAGAGAAGAAGAAUCUAAUCCUGUUAUUCUACACACCGAACCCAGCGCACAUAUUUAUUACCUUUUUUUUUUUAUUUAUUGAAAAACACAAUGAACAGUCUCGGUUCAGAAAAAAUAUAUAUAAAA